GGAGCCACCAAAUAUUUUAGAAGUGGAGCAGAAAUUUUGUUGGCACCUGACUGAAGAACAAUAAUACACUGCGACUGCGUGUGUGUGUGUGUGUGUGUGUGUGUGUGGUGUAGGACGACGAGGCUACAGACAGAGGCCCAUUAAUGGAGACCACCAUCUGCAGUCGAGUUGCUCUCUCCCCCAACCCGUUACUCCAGCCCAAACCGGGAGAUAAAUAUUCUCUUCAAAAACAAUGGAGAAGCAGGAGCAACUUUAUGACAAUGCCAAUUGCAGGAGCUGGGAAAGGCGCUGGGGUGUUGGAUAAGCCUGUCAUAGAGAGAACAGCUCCUGGUCGUGAAUCAGAAUUUGACUUGAGGAAAUCAAGGAAAACGUCUCCGCCUUACCGGGUGCUACUGCACAAUGACAAUUACAACAAGAGGGAGUAUGUUGUGCAAGUGCUGAUGAAAGUCAUACCUGGGAUGACUCUGGACAAUGCCGUGAAUAUCAUGCAAGAGGCACAUUACAAUGGCUUGUCGGUGGUGAUAAUCUGUGGUCAAGUAGACGCAGAAGACCACUGCAUGCAGCUGAGAGGCAACGGCCUCCUGAGCUCAAUUGAACCUGCCAGUGGAGGUUGUUGAACAUAUCAGAUUUCAUUACUUUGGGGAGUUGUAAUGGAUCUGCAUUACUAGGACUUGCACAUGUAUAUAGAAGCUUGAAAGCUAGCAUCUCAAUCAGUCGACAUGCACUAGGACUUUGAAUCUGUAGACCAAGAUGAGGGUAUCAGUGCCAAUAUACCAGCUACCCUAUCUUAAUCUCCUCUCUAUAUGAAUAAUCUAUGAUCACCUCCCUUAUUGGCCAUUUGCUGGGGUUUAUAUGUGAGUAGUUGGUUCUGAAUGAGGCAUGCACAUGAAUAUAUAUAUAUAUUAUGAUUAUGUAUUUUCUAAAUUCAUCGUUGGCUGGCUCA